AUGGCGGCAAAGAAUGAGAAGAAGAAUCUGGUGCUAUUGGCUGUGGAGAAUAGGCAUCCCCAUGUGUUUCAGCUCUUACUGAAGAAAAAAAUUCUGAAAGACACUAGGCGAUAUCCUUGGCCUAUUCUGGUGCUGCAUUGCAAAUGCAAUGGAAGUCAAGUGGUACCAGUAUGUGAAGCAAUCCAUGCCCCAAAUUUCUUCCCUAUCCACAACGAAAAAAAGGAGUCUGCGAAGCAGAUUUUCACACGUGAACACCAAGAUCUGGUGAAAAUGGGUGGAGAAUGGCUGACUAGCACCGCUACUUCAUGCUCGGUGGUGGCUACGCUCAUUGCAACCGUGGCCUUCGCCACAUCUACAGCGGUACCAGGCGGCACCAAGGAAGGGAGCGGAAAACCCAUUCUUGAGCAGCAGCCAGCCUUUCAUAUCUUUGCUAUUUCAUCACUCAUUGCUCUUUGCUUUUCAGUCACCUCCACUGUCAUGUUUCUUGCCAUUCUCACAUCUAGGCGUCAGGAAAAAGAUUUUGCCCAAGAUUUGCCGAGAAAGCUUUUGCUAGGACUAACUUCACUUUUCAUAUCCAUAUUGUCUAUCUUGGUCACUUUCUGCGCAGGCCACUUCUUUGUGCUCAGAGACGAAUUCAGAAUUGCUGCAUUGCCAGUAUAUGCUGUGACGUGCCUGCCAGCAACAUUUUUUGCUGUUGCCCAGCUACCAUUAUACCUUGAUCUCAUAUGGGCUACUUUUAGCAAGGUGCCACAAGCUUGUUUGGAUGAUACAUAG